AUGUUGGCCCUCGACUCUUCCAGACAACAACACUUUCCCUACUUCUCCCACGACCAGGUCCCUCUGGACUCAUCCGUCAUGGACUCAUACGCCUACCAGAACAUGCACCAGAGCCUGCAUUCACUCCCCCAGCCGCAAGAUCCUACUGCUCAGGCUUUACAGCACUCCAACUAUUACGACGGAAUGUACACUGCAGAUAUGCAAAAUUCACUGGGCUUCCCUGCCAUGCCCAACUCUCCUCCUUCUAUGGCUCCCUCACAUCAUUCCGGCGCCUCGGGCCCGUCCAUCUCUAGCGCACCCUCUUCGGUCAUGGGUUCACCAUACUCCGGUACCUUCCAGGAGUCGUGGGCUGAUACCUCCAACGGCUUGGUCGGACUCCCUUCCGGCGCAUUGAUGAACGAAGUCGACUUCAACUCUUUCACCGGUGUGAUGGAGGCAGACUCUGUCUUCGCUCCAAAAUACGCAAACAACAGCUUUGUUGACCCGUCAUUGAUUCACCAGACCUCGAUGCCUCCCCCAAUUUCCUACCCUGAGGACCCACAAGGUACCCUGGCGCAGUCAACUGGAUUUCUUUCACCAGCCCAUGUUGGCUCUCCGCUACCCUCCCACCACUCGAUGACGCUCCCGCACUUACCUCAGAACCAUGGCGGCAUCCCGUCUCCUCAACUAGGGCAUGUGGCACACUCCGACAAUGGCCUUGGUGCCUACGAGAGAGGAUCGAAUGCCGCCUCUCUUUCUCCACGAUCGCACCCUAGUCCUGCUGCGAGCAACACUGACGGCGAAGAUGAAGGGCGCGAAAAGAGCCGAUGCCCCUUCCCCGACUGCGGCAAAUCAUUCAAGGACUUGAAGGCCCAUAUGCUCACUCACCAAAGUGAGCGCCCAGAGAAGUGCCCAAUCGUCACCUGCGAUUACCACCAGAAAGGAUUUGCUCGCAAAUACGACAAGAACCGUCACACACUGACUCAUUACAAGGGAACCAUGGUCUGUGGUUUCUGCCCUGGCUCGGGCUCGGCUGCCGAGAAGAGCUUUAACAGGGCCGAUGUUUUCAAGCGCCAUUUGAUGUCAGUGCACGGCGUCGAACAGACUGCACCCAAUUGCCGCAAGAGAAGCCCACCCGCCUCUGGCACCAAAACACUGGCCGGGUACAGCGACGAUGCCACUGGAAAGUGCUCUACCUGCUCUGCGACUUUCAGCAAUGCUCAGGACUUUUACGAACACUUGGACGACUGCGUCCUUCGUGUUGUGCAACAAGAAGAGCCUAGUGAGGCUAUUAAUCAAAAGAGAUUGGCCGAAGUCGCUGGCGACGAGGAUGUCAAGCAAACUAUGGAGAAACACAAGCUGCUGGACUCGGCGAGCCCCAUGGAUGGUGAGCAAUGUGACGACGAUAAUGAUGAUGACCAUGACGACGAUGACGAAUUUAAUGUCCACAACAAAGACCUUCGCUUUGGUCGGGGCUCUUUGAAAUCCAACAACUCCUCCAACCCGUCUUCACGAUGCGUGCGAGGACCUAAUGCUGCCGUCACAAAGUCCAAACCUCGUCCUGCCACGCGCCGACGAGGGAAUCGCAACAGCUAUCCUCAAUCCUGGGGCACACCCGCCGCCAAGAUGAAGACAAAGAAGCGCGUUCUCUGCGUGUAUGAUGGUCAGCGACGACUCUGGAAGGACGAGAUGAUGUUGGACAAUGAAUUCGAAGUCCGCAUCCGUCUGCCGGGAGGCGCCGGCGAUGGCACGAACCGCGAUGCCUACGUGACUGAUCUGGACGUGAUGAGCAUUCAACGCGCCGAUGGCAUUUACAGUGCCACCGCGGAGGAGCGUGGUCCCUGGAUGGACAACUCCUCGGACCGUCUCAUGGGACAGCCGGUCACACUAUUCCCUGAAAUCAACCAAGUCGAUGAAAUCGACAUUGAGGAGUUGAUGGCAUACCGGGAGAAAGACCGGGCUUAA